CGCAAGGUGGCUAGACGUGACCGCCCAAAAUCCAGCUUCCAAUGUCGCCUCCACCGCGCACCGCCGACCAGCCAAUACCGAACCGAUCACGGAAAAUAUUAUUCAAUUUAUUUGGUGGAGGCAGAUCAUCGAAGACUUUCAAACCUAAGAAGAAUAUACCAGAAGGUACACACCAAUACGAUCUAAUGAAGCACGCAGCAGCUACUCUUGGUUCAGGCAAUCUCAGAUUGGCUGUACUACUACCUGAAGGCGAAGAUCUCAAUGAAUGGGUUGCCGUCAACACCGUUGAUUUUUUCAAUCAAAUAAACAUGUUGUAUGGUACAAUAACAGAGUUCUGUACUGAGGAAAGUUGUUCUAUAAUGUCUGCUGGACCCAAAUACGAAUAUCAUUGGGCAGAUGGCUUGACUGUUAAGAAACCCAUCAAGUGUUCUGCUCCUAAAUACAUUGAUUAUUUGAUGACUUGGGUUCAGGAUCAAUUGGAUGAUGAAACAUUGUUUCCUUCAAAAAUCGGUGUCCCAUUUCCUAAGAACUUCUUAUCGAUUGCUAAGACAAUACUCAAACGAUUAUUCAGAGUAUAUGCACAUAUUUAUCAUACACAUUUCGAUUCAAUUGUUACACUUGGCGAGGAAGCACAUCUCAACACAUCGUUUAAGCAUUUUAUUUACUUUGUUCAGGAAUUUGUACUAAUUGAUCGAAGAGAAUUGGCUCCAUUACAAGACUAUAUUGAUAAACUGGCUGGCAGAGAAACUAGAUAAGUGACUAACGGUGCUUUAUGAAGAACUGGACUUAGCACAAUGAGUUUAUAGCUUUAAUCAUUCUGAUGUGAUAACUUGUUUUUUUUUAUUAAAAAAAAAAAUAGUUCUCAUACACAAACACACACUUAUAAAAAUUAAAAAUUAGAAAGUUAGUCAUUUGGCAUUCAUUCUAUGUACAAAUAAUUAUAUUUUAAUGUAAUACUAUUAUCAAUGCUAUAAUGCUAAUCAUUGAUGUUAAGCACUAUUCUGUAUAUUAUCUAGGCAAUCUUCCACCAAAGAAAAUCUUUUUAAGUAUAGUUAACAGUUUUACUACUAUUUUGUAUGAUUUUAUAAUAGAAUUACUAAUAUAUAUAUAUAUAUAUAUAUUAUUAUAUUAUAAAUGACUAAUAUACAUUAAUUAUUUAUUUUUAGUAUAUACAGUGUGCCAGAAUAGUAAUUACUGUACUUAGAAACAUUGAACAAAAUUAUCAGAACAACGAAAUGUUUAUUUUUAAUAUAACUACUAUAUUAUACUGCAUUAAGGUAAUCAUAUAUUAUACCUUUAUUGCUUUUAUUUUUAAUACUUAAACAGUAACUAUUGUUGGUGCACUUAUAAUAUAUAAUAAAAAAAAAACCAGUUUACUGUACAA